AUGCCGCGCAGGCUGGAUAAAUUUUUGCAAAUUGCCCCGCAUUCCUUGGCCAUCGUGCUGCGCCCCUGCGGCGGAGAUGGAGCCGCGCCGCCCGAACAACUGGGGCGGCACCACAUCGGGUACGAAAUUUUCGCCGACUUCAAGCAGGGCAACAUGCAGCACUUCUGGAACAAGAAGGUGACGGCGGCCGUGGCCGAGACCUUCUUCCUGGGCUGGAUCGACGAGCAGGUGCUGCUGAUCCAGGGCAAGGAGGAGCACCUGGAAGCGCUGCGCGAGGGUUGGAUGCGCAGGGCUCUCAAGCCCCCCGCCGGCUUCCAGAUCAAGUGCCUGGGUGAUGUAUCGCCAAUCAAUAUGUCACCCAUCAGUCAGUCACAAUUUAUUCCACUUGGAGAAAUCCUUUGCUUGGCCAUCUCAUCAAUGAACGCAGCACGAAAACAAGUCACGCAAGAAGCUUUAAUAGAGCACCUAACAACCUGCUUUCCUGGUGUUCCAACUCCAAGUCCUGAAAUCCUUCGUCAUACCUUAAACAUGCUUGUACGAGAAAGAAAAAUAUACCCAACUCCAGAUGGUUACUUCAUUGUGACCCCGCAGACUUAUUUUAUAACACCUUCCCUCAUAAGAACUAACAGUAAAUGGUACCAUCUGGAUGAGAGGAUACCUGACAGGUCUCAGUGUACCUCUCCACAGCAAGGAACUAUAACUCCUUCCACCUCGGGCUGUGUCAGAGAUCGAACGUUACCUAAAAACCACUGCGACUCUUGCCAUUGUUGCAGAGAAGACAUGCAUAGCAUGCAUGCAUCGACUCUACAGAGGAAAUCAACAAAAGACUGCAAAGACUCUUAUUGCCCUCCUUCUCUUUGCCAGGUGCCACCCACUGAAAAAAGUAAAAGUACUGUAAAUUUUUCUUACAAAACAGAGACACUUUCAAAGCCUAAAGAUGGAGAAAAGCAGUCUAAAAAGUUUGGGCUAAAAUUGUUUCGACUGAGUUUCAAAAAAGAUAAGACAAAACAGCUGGCCAAUUUUUCUGCCCAGUUUCCUCCUGAGGAAUGGCCUUUACGGGAUGAAGAUACUCCUACCACUAUACCUAGGGAGGUAGAAAUGGAGAUUAUUAGGCGUAUCAAUCCUGAUCUGACUGUGGAAAAUGUCAUGAGGCACACUGCACUAAUGAAGAAGCUUGAAGAAGAAAAAGCUCAAAGGAGCAAGGCUGGAUCAUCAGCUCACCAUAGCGGGAGAAGCAAAAAAAGUAGAAGUCAUAGAAAAUCUCAUGGAAAAUCUCGGUCGCACAGCAAAACUCGAGUCUCUAAAGGAGAUCCUUCAGAGGGUUCUCAUUUAGAUGUGCUAGGUGAAAGGGAAUAUGAUUUCUAUGAUCCUCUCAUGAGAUCCCCAAGGGAAGGCUGCUACAUAAUAGAACACAAAAGGGACAACUUUAUCAUGCACAGCAGUCCUAAUGUUCUUGAGUCUCAUUUUCCUAUGACACCUGAAUGGGAUGUAUCUGGUGAAUUGGCCAAAAGGAGAACAGAAAUGCCUUUUCCUGAACCUUCAAGAGGAAGCUCCCAUUCUAAGGUCCAUCGAAGCCACAGCCACACACAGGACCGAAGAUCAAGAAAUGAGAGAUCCAAUAAAGCCAAGGAACGAUCUCGAUCUAUGGAUAACUCAAAAGGACCUUUGGGUACUGCUUCCUUAGGUACCCCUGAAGACAUAGCUGAAGCUUGCAGCCAAGAUGACCAAACAACUAGUCAAACAUAUAUAGAUGAUAGUACCUUAAGGCCUUCACAAUCACUUAGUCAUCAAAGGGCUCUUCUGUCAUCUGUAAAUUACAAAGAGGUAAUUAAACCUGAAAAGACUGUUGGCAGUGCAGAAACUCCUAUUUCCUGUACCUUGUUAGAACAAAGCAAACCAACUGAGAACUUACCACCUUAUAAUGAACUCAGUUCUUGUACAACAAAAUCAGCCAUUGAUGAUUAUUUUCAGUGUAAUACUUCCAGUGAAACAGUACUCACAGCUCCUUCACCUUUAGGAAAGAACAAAGAUGACAGUGACCCAGUGACUUUGGCAGACAGUACAAAAAAAGUCUCUCCCUCAGAAAGACAGUCACAGCACUUAGCUAGAGAACCAGGAGUCCAUAGAGAGGAGUCACCUAAAGGGCCAAGUAAUAAUAGUGGGCCAAUUGCUGCAAGUCAGACAGCUGAAGUAAUUACAAAUGGUCGACUAGCUCAACAUCACAGCACAGAGUCCAGUAGCCUUGAUAAGAGGAAAGAAAUAUUUAGUAAAGACACGCUUUUUAAGCCUCUCCACAGUACUCUAUCUGUCAACAGUUUUCACAAACCUAAUGUGCCACACUUAAAAUCUCAUCAAAAGACACCUUCUGAAACUUUGCCAAGCAGAUGUGAUAAACUUGAACAAGCUAUGGUAACCUCAGUCACACAAGUCAUACCAAUUUCCCAGAGACAGCAAGAAACAGCUGGAAACCAAGAAGCAGCUUUUGAUUAUUACAAUGUGUCUGACGAUGAUGAUUCUGAGGAAGGGACUAAUAAGAAUACAGAGGAAGAGAAGAAUCGGGAUGAUGUGGGCACUAUGCAGUGGCUUCUUGAGCGAGAAAAAGAAAGAGACUUGCAAAGGAAGUUUGAAAAGAAUCUCACUCUACUUGCUCCAAAGGAAACUGAAAACAGCAACAGCCAGAGAGCCACACAUUCAGCAAGGCUGGACAGCAUGGACAGUAGUAGCAUCACAGUAGAUAGUGGAUUCAAUUCUCCACGUACCCGUGAGAGCUUAGCUUCCAAUACUUCAAGCAUUGUUGAAAGCAACAGACGCCAAAAUCCAGCUCUCAGUCCUGCGCAUGGUGGUGUAGGUCCAGUGUUCAGCUUCCGAGCAACUGCUGACCCUCCAACAAGCGAAACUGAAAAACUGCAGAAACCCGCUAAUUGCUUGCAAGCUUCUGUUACAAGUGUUUGAUAGUGCUUCUGCCUCACAUCUUCUGUCUCAUCGUAUACAUCAAAGUUUACGACACUGAGAUUGAUGUUUACGUGUU